UAAACUCACACAAAAAAUGUCUUACAAUACAAGUGUACAUUGUUUAUUGUUGUGGUAAACUGCAGUUAACUUUUGUUUGUGUGUUUAAUUUGUUGCGGUUACUCUCUAGGAGGUAUUCGGUAGUAUUCGAGAUAACCAGUUGAAUAGAUCUAUUAGUAGAAGUCAAUUUUUUACGUUUUUUUAAAGAGGGUUACAAAACUUGCUAAUCGUUAUUUAUUGACUGGUAAGGUAACACUCUAAGUGCGUUAAAAAACGUUCACCUUUUGCUCCUAAAAACCUUUGGAAUCACGUAUCGCCAGUGAAAAGCUUAUUCCGCGUACAAAGUGGUCAAUCUAACUUAAACUACUAAAUUUUAAUAAGCGAGCUUUGCUGACAAGAUUUUCUAGCCCCUCGAAACACUGCACGAAAUAUGACGUGUUAUAAAAUCAGCGGGAUAGCUGUUUCCAAUAUGGCUGUCAGUUUUGCGCUCUUUAAAUAUAAUCAACUGCAAGGGCUAUAAUUAAUGUAAUGGACUAUAAAAAAUGAGCCUGUUGACGGAUGAUAUUUUCUUGUUUCUAGAUAUAAACUUUUGCGAUGAUUCAGAGUUGAAAUCUCGUGAUUUGUUUUCGGUUUCGAUGGUCUGAUCUCCGGAAAACCGUCUUUAACCGGUCACUAUAUACCCUCGUCCUGUACUCUUCAAGUUGCUAACAUAAACUAACCAUAAUCCUUGAAUCUUAUCGUUUAGUCACGGAAGAAAGAGACAAGUUAAGAUGUCACUGCACCCACCGUUGUAAUCCUUUUUAGUGCGCGCCCGAUCGUGCAAAACUAACAUAACCGCAUUUAAAGUGCUUUAAAACUGGGUUAAUUCCAUCGUCACGAAAUGACGAGACUUAGAAAGAAGUGGAAAACAUUAAAGCAGGAUACUUUCUAGUCUGAAAUCUGGAAGUCGUGGAGUUCGAGUCCGGUAUAACGCUUUGUGUGAGCUAGAAAACGAUUUUACGCUUGCGCACACCGCAGUAGCUGAACAUAUUGGCCACAUUUACAAUUUUUCAUUCACUCUUCAUGCGUUGUUCAACUGGAAAGGAAUUAUUUGAAUUUUAUAUGGCGACCAGAUAAUAGUUAGGCGGUAUCCUAUACAUCAUCCGAACACAAAGGUUCUUUUUUCAUAGCCACUUGUUAAUAGCCUCAAGCAGGCUUGCUUUCUUUUUUCGGCGUGCUGGAAGACCCGCGAUGGUCCGGUCACGUUGGCAUUGCGGAAUGCAAGGUUCAAGGCCAACAUACUUUUCCGGCCGAAUUGAGUUUAAACAAAAUCCCUCUGGCACUGCACGGGAAUAGUUUCCGAUCGUUACCAAACGGUGACGCACAUAUUAACCACAAGCGAGACUGAAAAUAAAAAAGGAUAAACUAGGAAUAGAACUGUGCGGCACAUGGCAAAAAUGACACUGUAGAAAUGGUUCUGAGCGAAAAUUCGUCAGCGUUGUUGAAAUAUUUGAUGAUUGAUGGUUUCGAGGACGUGGCAAGUGCUUGCUAUAAUUGACGAAAAAACUCGUCGACCGUAAACGCGCGCCACGUUGAUGUUGUGGAGGCUGCAGUGCUCUCUAAACUUCAUUACUAAGGCCGUUCCACUCUACCAUUUACAACAACGAGAAGAGGAAAACAGGUACUGAAAUGGACGUUAUAUUCGUCUACACUUCGCCCCCGUGAAAAUAUCACUGCACUGUCACAAUCGAAAUUAUUUAAUAGCUAUUUUGUUUGACAAAGAUUGUUUGCCUUGACUAUCGUGAAGUAUUUGUUUUGCAAUAUAUAAGACGUAAAAUCGGCUUGAGAAUUUUUUCUUUACCCUUUUGUUUCAUAAUCGUGUGUUGGUGUUUGGAUAUCCCGGCUCUAGAGUUUACGCGGUUCUGUAAGAUUAGACAUUCUCACGUAUAGAAAUUAUUCCUUGAAUCUCAUAAUAUUUUAAACCGGGUUUCCCUUUGAUGUGUGCUAUUAUAAGCAACUCCUCCAGUUAUUUUUGGUGAGAUUUUCAGUUUUAAGAGCUUCCUUUAGCUUCUUUUCAACGCGCUUAGAUUGUAUCAAGAAUGAAGAUCAUAUUAUGUCUCUGACAUAGAAAGACAGCUUCUAAAGAUUAUCUAAAUAUGUCUAGCGUUGGUAACAACAAAUGAAUAGACACGCGUUAUCAAUGAUGAUAUAUUUCGUACAGCCGGGCUGAUUUACUUGUUCCUGCAUCUUAUCGUUGGCGCGAUCGCUCUGCAAGGAGGAGGUCUGUUUUGAGGUACCUAUCUCACAAUAUUCCAGCAGUCGUAUUUAUUUAUAUCGUUGUACAAGUUUGUGGAUGAUGUCUGGGUUGAAAAACUGUAGUCUCGAAACUGCCUUGUAACUGAUCUUUGCGUCAGUUUAGAACUAGUUGGCUCAUAGCAAAGAUAUGUUAUGUAAUCGCCUGUCAGGGUUUAUAACCCAGCUACUUUGCACAAAAACGCAUCUAGCUCUGUCUUAACUAUUGGUAACUCCUUUUUUGUCGAUUCAGCCCGUGUGUGACCCUAAAACUUCGGUCAACUUGUGUGGUUUUGGGUAUCUCAAUGUGUUUAUAUUUAUAUAAUAAUUAUGUUUUUCUGUGCAGUAUUAUGAGGAAUAGAAUAGAACGUUUCAUUAUAUUUCUAAUUUGAAGGAAUUCGCUUUCAUAUCAUCGUGCAGAAUCCUCUUAUUUUAUUCGGAUUGGCUGUUUAAGCGCGUGUAGAUUUGUUGCCAUUCUCCAGGGAGGACUCUGAGAUGACUCGUUUAGCCCCUGAAAUAAACUCGUCUCCAGGGCCCCAGGAUCUACCUGCUGGCCAAAGCAUAGCGGGCCGGGCUCUGCAUGUAGACGAGAUUGGUGCCACUUAGUGCACGUGCUGAUAUGUAAAUACGUGACUUUGGUUUCCUUAUCUCCCAGCAGGUAUUAAAAGAUGACCAGUAUAUACGACAACACCGUGUGUGACGUAAAGAGACAAAUGUCCAAGCACCAGCUAUUACGAAACUCUGCCGGGCGAGUCAAUUCUCGCCUGAGGACAAAAACGCACCCGUUUUAUUACACCGACUGGGAAGAUGUACUCAAGAGAGAGUGGAACAAAAGAGCACCGCCACUGUCGCCGCUGGAAUGGAAGAAGAAACACGCCAAAAAUAUGAACGCCGAUGAUUGCUGCGAGUUUCUGAUGGGACGAAGGUGUGGGAGGAGACGAAGACUGCUUUUUCGCAGUGGUUAUUAUUUAACAAUUCAACCGGAUGGCAGCGUUAAAGGAACGAAGCAGAAAGAUUCCCCUUACGCUAUUGUAGAGAUCUGCUCAGUGGGAGCCGGCUUGGUAAAAAUUGCAGGAGUAGAAACCGAGUUUUUCCUCACCAUUGAUGAUUCUGGAGUUCUUCGCGCUACGGACGCAGACAGUGAGGAGUGUGUUUUUGAGGAAGCAAUGGUCAAGGACUUUUUCAGCGCUUACAAGUCCUACGCGUAUUCAAACGAGCACUGGACAGUGGCAAUAAGCGAUGAGGACGGCCGGGCGUACUCUGCCCGUUGCCAGGGACCUCUCGAUUCGGAUCUUCAUGCACAUUCAUUACCUGAAAUGGUACCGGACAGUGACUCGUCAUCUGACGAGGACUCGACGCCAGACAAUGAAACGUCACGCUAUUGCGAGGCAGAUACGUCACGCUAUCUUGGAAUGGACGCGUCGCGCUUUCUCGAAACGCAGACAUCACGCCUCAUCGAUCUCCUUAAUUUUGAUUUGGAAGUUUGUUUGAUGGCGGAGUUGAAAGAAGAAGACGCGAAGAAUGUUGUCGCCUUUCCAGACAGUAACACUGACAUUGGACCUUCGCUAUCGGAGAUUCUUCGGGAAUUGGGGACAAAUCUAUAGGGAAACGCGAAACUCUAAUCCUUCUACCAAUUUGCGACAAAUGAUUAAGCUUCUCGUUUUAGAGUAGCUGUCAGUCUCUUAAAUUACGAACUGUGACGGUUGCACAGAAAGAUGUAAAAACUAUAGGUUAUAUGCUGUUCAGAACCCUCAGCUGCUCUGCCAAAAACGAAAACGCAGAGGUGGAAAACAUUCCUCCACCUUAGGCCUUUAAGAUGGCGUUUGCAAACGUAACAGAGCGAUAGAAAGUCGUGAUUUCAGCGCUAGCCCCUAAAAUAAGCCCAAGGAUGGGCGGAUAUAAUGGUGUAUUCUCAGAUAUAAUAGUGACAGGGAGGGGCGCGAGCCUUUUUGGGUGUGCAAUUUGGAAUUUGAGGAGUUUUGGGGGUGAAAAAGUUAAUUAGUGACGACUUUUUUGAAGGUUGAAAAAAACCAUGGAUUCUCAUUUUUUUUGUGUAAAAUGGAAUGUCGCUCUUGGCCUCUGGACAACGUUUCGAUCUUUUUCUAUACUAUUAGAGCUUUCUCAGUGUUUAAUAAUUUGGCUUCAUUUGCUCCUCCCUGGCGCUAUUAUACCUUAAGCAUACCUCUCAGUGACCUACCCAAGUCAGCGUGACAGUAAGCGUGAUUCUAAAACAAGCGGUAUAUUCUACACUGGAAGUCGCCGUACCUUUUGACAUAAUUUUCCAGGGCUUAGUAACUCUUUCAAUCUAGAACAUAUAUGUUUUAAAAUUUAAAAGAAAUAUGUUUUAAAUUUUUCAUUGUUUAGCUAACAGUUAAAAGUAUUCAUGACGUCUCGAUCUUCUACAAAAUUUCGUACUCGCGUGUCACGUAGUUGCCUUCGUUUAGUGCCUUUGUUCAAAGCAUUGCUGUUCAGUAGUUUAAAUUGAAAGCUUAUUUAACUUUAUUAAGAUAUUAUUGUAAAGUUUUGAAAUAAUUUCACUUCGCAAAGAAUUACAGAAGCAUUGUGUAUUUGAAUCUAAUAAAUAGGUCCAUUUUUCAAUUUAAAAUGUGAUACUCUGCAAGUUUUACACGUUGAAA